AUGCCUCGACGUUAUACUAGAAAAUUGGGAUCCCGCGAAUAUAAAAAUUAUACAGAAGAAACCUUAUCCAGAUGUCUAGCAGCAAUUCGAAAUAAAGAAUUAUCUCAUAGAAAAGCAUCUCUAGAAUUUGGUAUUCCUAGACGUACAAUUUUGAACAAAUUAAAAGGUUACCAUGUUCUUAAUCCAGGUGUGCCACCAAUAUUUACCGAACAUGAAGAAAAUAUAUUUGUUAAUUGCAUAAUAAAGGCCAGUGAUUAUGGCUUCCCAAUGGGAGAAUUUGAUCUAAAAAUGGUGGUAAAACAUUACCUUGAACAAAUUGGUCGGGUUGUGAAAAAGUUUAAAUCUAAUGUUCCUGGACAUGAUUGGAUUUUAAACUUUUUAAAAAGACAUCCCCAACUAACUAAACGUUUUGCCGACAAUAUUAAAAAAUCACGUGCGGGAAUAACAAAAAACGAUUUAAGGCAGUACAUAUCAUUCUUAUCUAAAGAAUUGGAGGGAGUUCCUCCAACCCACAUUUUCAACUUUGACGAGACAAAUCUGGUUGAUGAUCCCGGCAAAAAAAAAGUAUUCGCACGACGUGGAACAAAAUAUCUCGAGCAUAUUCGAACCACCUCUAAGGCAGGGACGUCUAUCAUGUUCUGCGGUAGUGCUUCGGGAAAAUUGUUACCAUUAUUUGUGUUAUACAAAUCCCGCCAUAUAUGGAGUACCUGGACUGAAGGAGGUCCUCCUGGUACACGGUACAGUAAUAGUACUAGUGGUUGGUUUGAUUCUGCUUCCUUUCUUGAAUGGUUCGAAAGCAUUUUAAUUCCUGAAACUCGCAGAUUAGACGGCAAAAAAAUUGUUAUCUGUGACAAUGUAGCUUUUCACUUUUCACCUAAAGUUUUGGAGUUAAGUGAGACCAACAACAUCACUUUCGUUUGCCUACCUCCUAACAGUACACACAUCACACAACCACUAGAUGUGGCAGUAUUUCGCAGUGUAAAGGGUUCGUGGAGGAAACUGUUGGGAGAGUGGAAAGAAAAUAAUGGCAAUAAUUUGGUGACUAAAGAAAUCAUGCCAACUCUUUUGGGCCGUUUGUUAAUAGAAAUAAACCCUACUAUAACAAACAACUUAAAAUCUGGGUUUCAAGCGUGUGGAAUUUUCCCAUGUGAUGUGGAAGUGUUGCUAAAAAAAAUUCCUGGUCAAGAUGAUGAUGUACAGAGUACAAUUGAGUCAUCAUUCGUAACUUGUUUAGAGAAAAAGAGGGCAGAAUGGACAGAAAAAAAACCUGGUGGUAAAAGAAAAAAAAUAAAUGUUCCCCCAGGUAAAAGUAUUACAACAGCAGAUUUAAAUUCAGAACCAUCUACCUCCACUGCAGCUCAUCCGGAAGACAGAAUAAUAUAUCAAGAUGAAUCAGAAGACGAAGAAGACUGGGAGACCUACCGUCAGAGAUGUUUGGCAGAAGAUAAAGAAAUUGAAGAAGUUAUGACUGUACAAGAGACUUCUAUACCAGGGUUUAAGCCAAUAGUAAAGUCCAUAAGCUCAUAUUGUAUUGUAACAUACGAAAAUGAGUUUUAUCCGGGUGUCAUUUUGGAGUUGAGCGAUGACACGGCCAAGAUAAAAUCCAUGAAAAAAUCAAACUCUUAUUGGAAGUGGCCUGAAGUGCCUGAUGUUUUAGAGUAUGAGUGGAAAGAUGUGGUAGGAGGAAUAGAUGAGCCAAUAAAAAUCUCGAAAACUAGAAACAUCUACAGAGUACCAGAACUGAGCAACAUAUACUAA